AUGGCGCGGGGGGGACUGGUGCUCUGCAAAGGCCCGCACACGCGCUUGCCGGUGGGCGCCAGCGCUCUGGGCUUCCUGGUGCUUUACUGGCUCUACAUCUUCCCGGUCUACCGGCUGCCGGACGAGAAGGAGAUCGUGGCCGAGGUGCUCCGGCAGCAGGGCAGAGCUUGGCGGAGGAACCUCAGCGCCGCGGCCGAGUUCAGGAAACUUCUCAAAGAUUGUUGCGAUCCGAGCCAUCUCUUUGCAAUGACGAAACAGAAUUCGCCAGUGGGAAAGAGAAUCUGGUAUGAUGGCGAACUUCUGUACUUCUGGACAAUUGACAACGAAACCUUCUCACUGUUUCCAAAGGUGGUUCCAUUCCAGCUGCCAUUGAAGAGAUGCUCUGUAGUGGGCAAUGGUGGGAUUCUGAAAAACAGCCGCUGUGGCAAGCAGAUAGAUCAAGCGGACUUCGUCAUGAGAUGUAACCUCCCUCCACUAAGCAAUGCAUACAGCAAAGACAUAGGAUCAAAAACUCAACUGGUAACAGCGAAUCCCAGCAUAAUUAAUAAAAGGUUCCAGGAUCUUCUUUGGUCCCGAAAAGCCUUUGUGGACAUCGUCAAAGUCUACAACCAGAGCUACAUCUACAUGCCGGCUUUCUCCAUGAAAGGCGGGACCGAGCUUUCUUUCCGAGUGUACUACACCCUCACUGACAUCGAAGCCAAGCAGAAGGUGAUCUUCGCCAACCCUAACUUCCUACGGGACACCGGCAAGUUUUGGAAAAGCAAAGGGAUUCACGCUAAACGGCUUUCGACCGGCCUCUUCUUGGUCAGCGCAGCUCUUGGUCUUUGUGAAGAAGUGACGAUUUACGGCUUCUGGCCUUUUUCAAUGGAUCUCCGUGGGCGGUACAUUAGCCAUCAUUACUACGACAACAUCUUGCCGGAUUCUAGCUUCCAUGCCAUGCCGGAGGAAUUCUUACAGCUGUGGUUUCUCUACAAGAAAGGGGUCUUACGAAUGCAGGUGGAGCAUUGCGAGGAGGGCUCUUGA